AUGAAAACUGUAGUUUUUCUGGCCACUCUUGCUUCUAUAGUUUUUGCUGCAGAGCAGGAUCUCAAAUUUGACGUUGUGUUCCUCAUAGAUAGUUCAAAAUCAUCAAAGCCAUCAUAUGAUCUGUUGACGGGAUUUGUUCAGUCACUUAUGAAACCGUACAAUGUUGGUUUGAAUGGAGCUCGUGUUGGUUUAAUAGCUGUGGCUGGAACCCUAGAAGACCAAGCACCUCCAGCGGCUGAACUAAACUCGAUUACCUCACAAAAUGUUUUGAGAAGUUAUUUAAAAUUACUCAAAGGAAAUUAUGAUGACUUCGAUAUUGUUGGACAAUGUCUCACCUUUGACUUGAAGGAAGUGACAUCGAGUGAUUUCAUUUCAAGCGGCUACAGAUCCGAAAUCCAAAAUCAUCUUUUAGUAUAUCUGACAACCAGCACUGCAUUUGAUGUGGAUCCUGUGCCCACUGCUGAAGAAAUCCUGAAUAGUCAUCGGUAUGGUAUCCUCACAGUAGGAUUUGGGAAUGAUGUUGAUCAUCAGAAAUUGAGAAUUAUAUCUGGAGGCAGCUCAUGCUCCUUCACUGCUUCAAACUCAACAGGACUAGAUCACUUGAUUAAACCAAUUCAGCGUCACAUCAUGAAUGCUGAUGCCAACGGAGGACAAUAUUGUAAUAAAAAGAGCCAUGGAACCAUGGCUCCAACCACCCUGGCCACUCAACAGACUCAAGGUCCUAACACUCAACCUCCACAAACUCAUUCUCCAGUGACUGCUUUACCAUCUCUAUCUCCAUCGAGUGCUCUCCAAUUCGAUAUUGUAUUUUUGAUUGACGGUUCUCGAUCUGCUAAGGAUAGCUUUGAUUUUUUAACCAAAUUUAUUCAAACAAUCAUGGUUUCCUUCAACGUUGGGUUGAACGGUGCUCGUGUUGGAUUAAGCGUUGUUGCACCUGAUCUUGAAGAUCAGGCUCCACCAGCUGCCCUAUUGAACUCUAUCAGCUCACAAUCAUCGUUGAACUCCAACUUGGCUCUUCUCAAAGAUAACUAUGCUGAUUUUGAUCAUCCAGGACAGGUUCUCACAUACAAUCUCCAAGUUGUAACUUCCAAUGACUACAUGUCUGCAACAGCUGGAUACCGUAGUAACAUCAACAACCAUGUUCUUGUUUACAUCACUACUACCACGGCAUUCUACACCGAUCCAACUCCAUCAGCUCAAACCAUCAUUGCCCAGAAGCAAUACGGAAUCAUCACUGUUGGAUACGGAGCUGGAUUUGACAACGGAAAGCUGCAAACGAUUUCUGGAGGCGCCGCUUGUUCAUUUACGGCAACCGAUUUUGCUACACUGAAUAACCAGAUCAAGCCAAUUCAACAGCUCAUAAUUAACGCCAACACCAACGGAGGAAAUUACUGCAAAAGCAACUGA